UAACAAUAUAUAGCAUAAAUAUAUUUUAAAAAAUAUUUAACUACUUUAACUAAGCAACUCUAAAAGCAUUUAAAAUGGUUUCAUAUUACAACGCAUUGCCAUAUACGCAAAAGCACAGUGCGGCCAAUUUGCCCUAUCCCGGUAGUCAGUCAUGGCAAUGGGCUGCAAACUAUCACACGACUCCAAAUCAUCAAUUCGAUAUGGAUCGACAUGAAAUGUACUAUAAUCAUCAUAUGCUGCAUUCAGUUGUUACCCCGGCUUCAGAUUGGCAUUCACCAACUUCCUCGGAUAAUUUUACGCAAAAUGCGCCAAGUGCGCAUCAAAUCUUGCAUCAGCAAUCAUAUUUUAACAGCGGUGGCCCUAAUGGCACUGGCGGUAGUGGAAGCGGUAAUGGCAGCGGUUCAAGUAAUUCCACUGCUUCCGGCAGCAGCAGCUCAACAACGGCAGGUCCAGCAUCGACUAACACGCAAUUGAAUGAAACAGCUAGUAGUAUUGGUGAGCAACACAUCGCCGAAGGUUUACCAUCACCUCCAAUAACAGUAUCUGGUAGUGAAAUAUCAAGCCCUGGUGCUCCUGCAUCUUCUUCGUCACCACAUCAUGUAACACAUCAUUCAAAUAACAACACAAGCCCAACAACAGCCAACAAUAACAAUAAUAGUAGCAUUCAUAACAACAACAAUCGGACAUCACCAGUUAAGGCGCAAUAUUAUGAUUGGAUGAAAAAACCAUCUUACCCAGCUCAACCUACACCAGGUAAAACUCGCACAAAAGAUAAGUAUCGUGUUGUUUAUACAGACUUUCAACGCUUGGAACUUGAAAAGGAGUAUUGCACAUCACGAUAUAUAACUAUACGUCGCAAAUCGGAGCUGGCUCAAGCGUUAUCGUUAUCUGAACGGCAGGUGAAGAUUUGGUUUCAAAAUAGACGGGCCAAGGAGCGUAAACAAAGCAAGAAAGGCAACGAUCCUACAGUAAUGAGCAGCAUGCAGCAUGGCGACUAUGCAAAUUUGAUUGAUGCAAAAGCCAAAUUGGAUCCAUUACACUUGCAACAUUCACUCCAUUCAAUCAGUCCUAUGGCUAUGAGUAUGCCACCAGCGAUGAAUUUGCAUCACUUCAACAGUCAUCACCAUGCGUUGGCCGUCAGUGCAGCACAUUCACAUCAAUUGCAUCAAUCACCACAUGCGCCCAUGUCGGCCAGUGCCGCCGCAGUGGCGAGCGUUGGUUCAUUAUCGAUGUGACAACCUUACAUGCCACAAAACAAUAGCAACACAUACACGAGCAGCACUUACGAGUACAGCAACAAUACUACUAACAACAAUAUCGAUAAUAGCCACAACGAUAGCACCAUCAUUGGUAACGACCAUAUUGCAACUGGUGCAGACGAGGUUGAUGCAGCGUUUGCUGCAGUUGCUGCAGCAGCUGCUGUUGUCGCUAAUACAAAUAUGCAACAGCGUAGUUAUUGUAAUAAUAUUUGCCAUGCUGCCACUGUUGCAGUCGUUGGUAAUUCUUUAGUUUAGUGUAGGAUUUGUUUUUUGCAGCAACUGCAAUUUUUACAUAAAAUAGUUUUUUUUUUUUUUUCUAAUAG